AUGGCGUUGAACGGCAAGAUCGCUCUUAUCACUGGAGGCGUGAAGAACUUGGGUGCAGCGACUGCCCUGGAAUUGGCUGGCGCUGGCGCCAACCUCGCUCUGCACUACAAUUCGGCAAGCAGUAAGAGUAAUGCCUCUCAACUGGAGGCUGAAUUAAAGCAGAAGAAUCCCAGUUUGAAGGUGGCCUACUAUCAGGGCGAUUUGACGACUGCUGCUGCUGUUGAGAACCUGUUCCAGUCGGUGCUGACAGACUUUGGCAAGAUUGAUAUUGUCGUGAACACCGUGGGCAAGGUGUUGAAGAAGCCAAUCACUGAUAUUUCAGAAGAGGAGUAUGACUCCAUGUUCGCAAUCAACUCCAAGGCGGCAUUCUUCAUUCUCAAAGCUGCUGCUGCCCACAUUGCCGAUGAUGGUAAGAUAAUUACCGUCGUGACCGCAUUGCUGGGUGCCUUUACUGGAUUCUAUACAUCCUAUGCUGGAUCCAAAGCACCAGUGGAACACUUCACUCGCGGUGUCUGCAAAGAAUUGAUGGAGAGACGCGUGAGCGUCAACAACGUGGCUCCAGGUCCCAUGGACACCCCAUUCUUUUAUCCCCAAGAAGCCCCCGAGGCUGUCGAGUUCCACAAGGCCAAUGCCAUGGGCAACCGGUUGACGAUGGUGCAGGACAUUGCUCCUCUGGUCCGGUUCUUGUGCACGGAGGGUACCUGGAUCACUGGACAAACCAUCUUUGCCAACGGCGGCUACACGACUCGGUAA